UCUCUCUCUCUCUCUCUCUCCCCCCCCCCCCCCCAACUUUCUUAAACAAUCAUCUUGUACGCCAUCUAUUUUGCUAUGCUCUGUGUUCCUUUGCAAUCCAGCCAAGUGGAGUUUUCUUUCCAGCAACGUUGUUGUGUCCUAUUCUUCCGUCUCGUCGACGGCCAUGAACAUGGACCUUUUUCCUAGUAAAUAAUAAAAGUCCCCUCUAGUUAACAUUGUGGAUGUUGUGUGCUCUGUUCUGCAUCUUCCAUUUAUGCAAAUGAAUCAUACCAACAAAUUGAAUUUAGCUUCAUGACGCUUUUUGUCUGUGCAUGUGAAUCUCAAUCAGUCUUAGUUCCUACCAAGGCUGAACUGAGAAAUAAGCGUUGAUGAUCUUUUAUUAGUUUGUUCAGAUGAAGACAGCGCUAGCUUGAUGCUGAGUUGGUGGGUUUUUUCAGAUCUGGAAACCCUCCAAAGUCAAGGGCGUUAAUGCUGAGGCCGAAGGAAGAUGAUGGGUGUUGUCGGAUUUGGGACACUGAAAGUCGUCCGCGUCUAUGUUCUUUCAUCUCGACACUGAAUAAUGAAGGCAUUCAGGCACGACCAAAAAAAGGGAUUCAAAUUCAGUGUUUAAGUUUCUUAAAAUCGUUGAUCGUAUUAAGAGCAUAUGAUUUGGACAUGUGGAGACACUCAUCCAAUACGUGUAAUUAGGACACGCGUGGGAUUCAAAUCCAACUUCUCGCUUCUUCGCUGUAAUCGUUGAUUGUGGUGAGCUUCACCGGGAUAGGUGUCUCCAGUAUGACUAACCCACCAAUGCAAGCUUUGUCCUUUCUUUUAUUCAUCCAAAUAUACAUCCUUUUCAUUACCUGCAUCGCCUCCUACACUCCUCAUGAUUAUUUUGCCGUCAAUUGUGGCAGCUCUGGUGAUUUUUCUUCUGUAGAUGGCCGGAAGUGGACCGGAGACAUAGGUUCUGGACGAUUCUCUCCGAUCGAAUCCUCUAACAGCAACAACUCAAUAAUCGCCAGUGUUCCCUAUGACCAAAGAAUCCCUUACAACACCACACGGCUCUCUCGCUCUGAAUUUUUGUACAUGUUUCCUGUGAACACCGGUGGCCAAAAAUUUAUUCGCCUUUAUUUUAACCCAUAUUCCUACACCCCCAACUUCCUUCGCACUGACUCUCUCUUCUCCGUCAGAGCAGGCACUCACACUCUUCUCAAGGACUUCAAUGCUUCAAUCACCGCUGAUUACUAUGACGAAGAAACCAUUGUACUAGAGUACUGCAUCAACGUUGUUGACCCCGAUGAGGAGCUUAUGAUAACCUUCACGCCCAGCCUAUCUCGUCCAAACGCCUAUGCUUCGUCAAUGGGAUCGAGGUCGUCUCUAUGCCCUCCUAUCUUUACUACACUAGACUUGAUGACCCACAGGCUAUGCUGCAAGAUGGCGGAACCAUCCAGUUUCCUGUCAAAAACAAAAGUGCUCUUGAGACAGUGUACAGAAUCAAUGUUGGUGGAAGGCAGAUGGCUCCCAAUCAAGAUACUGGCAUGUUUAGAACUUGGGACCCAGAUAAUCCAUACUUAGAGAAGGAGCGCCCACACAGUGUAUCAGCAGCUUUUGGCAAUCAGAGUCUAACACACGAAGAUGGUCAAAAUUAUUUUGCACCAGAUGAAGUAUACAAGACUGCUCGAAACUACGGGAUGAAAGAAACAUCCAAAUUUAAUGUGACCUGGGAGUUUCAAGUGGACUCAGAGUUUACUUACAUGGUGAGAUUGCAUUUUUGUGAGUUUGACAAACACAUUCAAAAUGUUGGAGACAGAGUUUUCCAAAUUUUCAUAGAUGAUGCUUUGGUGGAAAAUAUCGCGGAUGUAAUGAUAUGGAGUAGCAAGCAGAUUUUGGUUCCUGUCCAUAGGGACUAUGCAGUGUCCAUGCAGGGCAAAGGAAGCUUGAAGAAACUGAAUCUAACAAUUAAGUUGCAACCACACCCAUAUGCAAGAAGCACUUACAGAGACGUUUUAUUGAAUGGUAUUGAAAUUCUGAAGAUAAGUGACUUCAAAUACAAUCUCGGAGGUGCCAAUCCUGAUCAACUUCCUUCUCCCCCACUACUUCCGAAGGCAUCUAAAAACCCACCAAAAAAGAGGGUAAUUUCUAUAGUUGUCGGGGCGGCUUCCAGUUUCAUUCUUCUCUCUCUCAUCGUUUUGUUCAUUUUCUAUCGAUUAUUGGCUAGAGGUGUAAUCAACGAAGGGAAUUCACGAUGGGGAUAUGAACCAACAUUGACAUCAAAAACAAAUAAAUCCUCAUUUUUGUUAUCUGACUUGAGUCGCUGCUUUUCAUUAGAUGAGAUUAUAGCAGCCACUAAUAAUUUUGAUGAUAAUUUGAUUAUUGGUGUUGGAGGGUUUGGUAAUGUUUAUAGGGGCCACAUUGACAAUGGUUCAGUUUCAGUGGCAAUCAAACGGCUCAAAGAAGGUUCACAACAAGGGCUCAAAGAAGGUUCACAACAAGGGCUCAAAGAAUUCCAGACUGAGAUUGAAUUGCUCUCACAACUUCGUCACCAUCAUUUGGUAUCUCUCAUUGGUUACUGCAAAGAUGACAAUGAGAUGAUCCUCGUUUACGAGUUCAUGGCUCGUGGGACCUUUCGUGAGCAUCUUUAUGAUUCUAAUAACCAGCCACUUUCUUGGACACAAAGGGUCGAGAUUUGCCUAGGUGCUGCUCGAGGAUUGCAUUAUCUACAUACAGGGGCAAAACAUGCAAUCAUUCAUCGUGACGUCAAGUCGACAAACAUCUUAAUGGAUGAAAAUUGGAUGGCCAAGAUUUCUGAUUUUGGACUAUCAAAGGUAGGACCCUCAGGUAUUUCAAGAUCUAACAUUAACAUAAGCAUUGGUUAUUUGGAUCCAGAAUACUAUACGUUGCAAGUAUUGACUGAUAAGUCAGACGUGUACUUAUUUGGUGUGCUCUUGCUGGAGGCAUUGUGUGGGAGGCCUCCUAUUCUCCGUGCUGUGGGGAGGGAACGACAAAACCUUGUAGAGUGGUUUCGAAGAUGUGUUGAUGAGAAUCAGAUUUAUGACACGGUGGAUCCAUUCUUGAGGGAAAGCGUGACUCCAGAGUGCUUAAAGGUAUACACAAAGAUUGCAUUGAAAUGCUUAGAUAAUAAUGGGAAUGAACGGCCAUCCAUGGGAGAUGUGAUGUUGGGCCUCGAGUAUUUGAUAGAGAUGCUAAACAAAGCAGAGAAGACAAAGCUUGGUGGGACUCUGAAUGAAGAGAUUAUUGUUGAAGAAGGAUCAGGAUCUAGUAGGUGAUAGUCUGAUGGUGGGUGUACAAGAUGAAACUUAUAAAUCAACGCAGACUGGCCUAUUGUUUGUGGUGCUUUCCUUCUUGAAUUGUAAAUGUCAGAAGUUUCACUUUCUAAAAAGUUUUUCCAUA